UAGUAUUGGAGUUUCACUGAGCACUUUUUAGUAUAAAAGAGAAAAGUGUCAAACUGGAUAUCAUUCUACAACGUUUUGACAGCAAAAAGAAAAAGAAAAAUAGUGUUUGCUUUCCGGAUUCUUUCUAUAGAGAUGCCAUCUGGAAUUGAUAAUGCUCUUCUGGCAGCCAUAAUAGGAGAAGUCAUAAUUGGAACGUCGGGGAAUGGGUUCAUUGUACUAGUUAACUGCAUUGGCUGGGUGAAGAGGAACAAGUUCUCAUCAGUCGACUGCAUCCUCACCGGCCUGGCUAUCUCCAGAAUCAGUCAGCUUUGGAUAACGCUGUUUGAAUCAUUUUUAAUGUUGUUUUGGUCACAUCUCUAUGCCACUGAUAAACAUUUAAUAAGUAUUGUUGGCAUUUUUUGGACAUUGUCCAAUCACCUAGCUACCUGGUGCGCUACCUGCCUAAGUGUUUUCUACUUCUUACAAAUAGCCAGUUUCUCCCACCCCUGCUUCACCUGGCUGCGCUGGCGAAUUCACAGGGUGGUACUUGUCCUUCUGCUGGGGUCUUUGUUCUUACUGGUUUUCAACUCUAAAUUAAUACAUUCGUUUGGUGAAUCCUGGACUAGUAUCUAUAAAAUAGAUCAAAGAAACUCAACUGCGUCCUCGGGCAAAAUGAAAACUCUGUAUCUUAAUGGGUUGAUUGUUUACAGCUUGAUUUGCUUAAUGCCCUUUCUUGUGUCCGUGACCUCACUGCUUCUUUUAUUCAUCUCCUUGAGAAGACACACCAAGAUUUUGAAGCUGAACCCCAGCUCUAGGGACUUCAGCACAGAGGCCCAUAGAAGGGCCAUGAGAAUGAUAAUUUCUUUCCUCCUACUCUUCUUGGUCCACUUUUCUUCCAUUCUAUCGGUGGGCUGGGCAUUCAUUAUACUGCAGAAGCAUCAGGUCAACUUGGUUGUCAUGUUAACUUCAAUAGUUUUUCCUUCAGGCCACUCAUUUACCCUAAUUUUGGGAAACAGCAAGCUGAGACAAAAUGCCUUAGGACUUCUGUGGUAUCUUAAUUGUCACCUGAAAAGAGUGAAACCUUUAGCUUCAUAGACUCUUCCAAAAUUUUCUGUGUUCCAAGAGAACUGAAUUAGUGAAGAAACAUUGAAGAUCCAUUUUAACUUCUGUUCUCCUCACUGAAUUCUUUUAGAUACAUUGAGCAUCACAAACUUUCCCUAGAAUGGCUUAUAAACUAACAAUCAACUCACCUAGGUGAGUAGAUUUUUUAAAAA